AGGGAACCUGGUGCAUUCAGUAGCCGAGAGAAAACGCGUCUGCUUUUGAUUUAACCGAAUGCUUUUUGGAAGAGGACUGGAAUGGAGUUUCGCAUUUUUUACGUUCAAGACGAGUAAAUGAUGUGGUUCCGCACAGGUGCUGCGGCUGCGACUUUAUAGCUGAAUUAUAUAAAAACAUUUGGGUGACUGCAUAUAGUGAAUGUGACUUCUAAGUGGAUAGAAAAUAUACCGGGCGAUGUAGACGCGGUGUGAAGGAGAUAAAACAUCCAUAAUUGACUGUAAUUUUGAUUUAAAGUCCAUCAUGGAGGUGCAAACAGCGGUCAUGUGUGUUUUCUUCAGCCUGCUCUUGUGUUCAGGGGACUCUCAGGACUCGGUACCUGAUUCAGUUCUGAACUGCUGCAAGGGUGACGUCCUUUUCCUCCUGGACUCCUCAGGAAGUGUGGGCUCCUAUGAGUUCUCCCGCAUGAGGGACUUCCUGUCUGAACUCCUUUUGCCUUUCUCAUUGGGGCCAGACGAGGUGAGGGUGGGGCUGCUGCAGGUGGGGUCCGAGCCCCACCUUGAGUUUGGUUUUGACACCUACGACUCCCAACAAGGACUGCAGGAGGCUCUGAAGCGGACUAGACAGCUAAAGGGUGAUACCAACACGGUGGAUGCUCUACUAAUGGCCCAGGAUCAGGUUUUAAAACAAGGUGUACCUGGAGGGGCAAGACCAGAUCUGCCAAGGGUUUUGGUUUGGCUCACGGAUGGAGUAGAUAUCGGUGCGGUGCAGGAGCCAAUGGCGAGACUGCGAGAUGAAGGUGUGGCUGUACUGGUGGUUUCCACCGGUCACGGGAACUACCAGGUGCUGAGAGACGUUGUGAGCCCACCUGCCGAGGAGCACCUGCUCUUUGUGGAUAUUGAUGACAUAAGCAUCAUCUCCGAAGACUUGAGGAACGCGAUUAUAGAGAUUAUUCGUGUCAAGAGGUUACAGGUGAAGUCGGUCACCACUACUUCUGCUCUGCUGGAAUGGAGGCCAAUGUUGGCUGGCACCGGCUACUAUGAAAUCCAGUUUAGGCCCAUCGGAACAGAAGAGACUGCAGGGCCAGGGGGUUCAGGAACCAGCCCUUUUAAGAGACCCAACCAACCUUUUAAGAGAAUAACUCGGCCUGGAGAUGCCAGCUCGGCUCAGCUGAAUGGCCUUCAUCCAGACACCACGUAUAAAGUCCUGCUCACCCCAAAGGCUAACCUGGAGUUCCUAAACACUCUUUCGGCCACCUUUACCACUCAACCAGUCAAUCCGCCCCAGCCAGAGGUCCAGACCCUUUCGACAGUCACGGUGUCAGAGUCGACCUCUAAUAGUGUGCGGGUGAGCUGGGGUCCGCUGCAGCCUAACCUCAUUCUGGGUUACCAGAUUGAGUAUUCAGCACUUCCUACAGGACAGCUCCGGGUCAUCAGCGUCAGUAACCUGCAGAACUCCACCGUCCUGACAAACCUCUAUCCUGACUCUCAGUACCUGGUCACUGUGAGCGCAGAACACUUCUCUGGCAAAGAGAGAGCCAUGUCUGUGAAAGCCUGUACACAGGAGGUGUUGCCCGCUCUAUCUGAUCUUCAGCUGACCACAGUGGGCAAUGAGUCAGUGCAGCUGCGGUGGAAGGGGAGCGCUGACGGGCUCCGUGGUUACUGGGUCACAUGGGAGCGAGGUCUUAGUCAGCGCUCUACCCUGUACUUACCACCCAACCUACUGUCCACCACCCUCAAUCACGUGCCCCCCAGCGCCCGGGUCUGCGUCUCUCCGGUGUACCGGACCACUCGAGGGGAGGGUCUCUGCUGCACUGCUUAGUUCAGCUUAGCUGCAUUUUCCUGGAACCGUUGUACGGUGCUCUGCCAUACACGAAACAUAGAGGGACGAACAACACGUAAAACUUUCCUCAAAUGGAAAGAUGGGAGGAAAAGAGAGUCCAUGACACUGUAACAGUCUGAACACCCAUAGAUGGGGUUCUUAAAACACACCAACACAACAUGCACUGAAUAUUGAUACACAGUGUUACACUUAUAUGCAACAAUGACUAAACGAGUCUGAACUCAAAACUGACCAUUGGAAGAAUCAUCCUACUUUUAAAGGAAAGUUCUGGGUUCAAAACAAGGUUAGCUCUAUACACAGCAUGUGUGGCAUGCAGUCGAUUACUGCAGAAAAUAAUUAUGACUCGUCCCGUAGUUGACAAACACAAAAACAAUUGCACUUACAGUAAUGCACUUACAAUGGAAGUCUAUGGGGUCUAAGUGUACUGGUGGGUUUAAAAGCAAAAAAUGCACAGCUUGUAUACAUUUUUCGGUAAUAACAUUAAAUAACAUUUUAUUUAAGCUGCAAAAGUCUAAAUUGUCCUUCUAGCAAUACGUCAAUAUUUCUAGGUGGAUAAACAGAAUAAAAUGAUCAUAAUAGGAGUUAUAUUGGAUGCAACUUUACACAGACAAGGUUGAUUACUGAUUUAAUCUUGUGGCUAUACUUUUGAAACAGUGCAUAUUUUAACAGUUAUCCCAGUUCAGUAUUUUGCCCCAUAGACGUUCAUUGUAAGUGCAUCACAGCUAACAUGAUUUUUGGUUGUUUUUACUAACUGCAGUGCAAAAUUAUUUUCUAUGUUAGUUACAUAUAAACUUUCCUAAAACAUUCAUUUAAGGUGCCACUAUAAUGUUCAUGCAUAAGAUAUUUGAUUAAACUUAUUAAGGAUUAGUGCAUUAAGUAAUAGUUUGUAAAUAUCUUACAUCAUUAUGCUUUUAGUUGGAGUUAUAUUUAUCAGAGACAUAGUUGGAUAUGGUAUUUUCCAGAUUUCUCGAGUUUUAGAUCUUUGAAAAGGGAACAACAAGACAUUUUUGUAUUGAAAUCUGAACCACUUUUGUCACUUGUUUUCUUUAAGGUCAGUAUAUUGCAUUUAACCCUGCUUAAGUUACACUCUUCACUAUAUCUGCACAUUUUCUCAGUGGUGAAACCCUGAAAAUCUGGCAUGGACCCUGAUGAUGGUGGUUACAGUUUUAAGAUAUUGCAGAUGUUGUGAUGUUUUGUGCAGGCAGGAUUACGGACUUAAAAUGAUGUUUUGUGGGGAUAGAUUAUCUCUAUACAGCUGUUUUAAUGCGUUGAUCAUUUUCUACAUUAUACCAUCCAAAACAAAGCAAAGAAAAAAAGCUUUUUCAAGCAUAAUUCAGGAUUAUAGAGGAUUGCAAGAAUUUAGGCAAUCUUUUUAAAGCUAUUCUUAUAAUUGCUGCUGAUUUCUGUCUUUAUUUUGUUUUUUGCAUCAAAAUGGCAAGUUGAGCUUUUUGCAUUAUGAAAUGGUGCUUGUUAAUUCCCAGCUAAGCUGCAUGUCUUAAAAAUCACUGCUUUUAAAAUGUUUUUAAUUUUUAAAUAAAUCAUUUUAAAUUGUGUCAUCGCUUUAUUUUCUAACCUCUAUGAAGGCAAUUAUACCUGAUGAUCUUUACAUAUUUUAAAAUGUA